AUGGCGUGCCGGGAGUCGUCAGCGACAUCUCCAUGUUUGGAACUCUGAUUUCCCUGUGGGUGUGAAGAAAGAGCUCGAUCCGAUUUUUCGAGUAAAAUUCUGCCCAUUUACGAGGAAUCAUCAUGGUGUCUUUAAACCCCGUGCGAAUCCUGAAGAGCAAUGCCGAGGAGGAGAAGGCGGAGGUGGCGAGGUUGAGCAUGUUCGUGGGCGCCAUCGCCAUCGGAGACCUGGUGAAGUCGACUUUAGGCCCGAAGGGAAUGGACAAGAUUUUGGUGUCCCAUGGUCGAUCUGCUGGAGAAGUUCACGUCACCAAUGAUGGAGCUACGAUACUUAAGAGCGUUGGCGUUGACAAUCCGGCUGCCAAGAUCCUUGUCGAUAUGUCCAGAGUACAGGAUGACGAGGUCGGAGACGGCACUACGUCGGUGACGGUGCUAGCUGCGGAAUUGUUAAGGGAAGCGGAAAAACUGAUCGAUCAGAAGAUCCAUCCGCAGACUAUAAUUGCUGGCUGGAGAAAUGCGACGAAUGUCGCUAGAGAAGCUUUGAAGAACGCUGCGUCUGACAAUUCUGCUGAUCACGAGCGCUUCCGUGAAGACUUGACAAACAUAGCGCGUACGACAUUGAGUUCAAAGAUCCUGUCACACCACAAGGAGCACUUCAGCAAGCUUGCCGUUGAUGCCGUUUUACGUCUUAAGGGCUCCGGCAAUCUUUCAGCCAUCCAGAUAAUCAAGAAGCGAGGAGGCACCUUGGCUGACUCGUUCUUAGAUGAAGGUUUCUUAUUGGAUAAGAAACCCGGGGUCCACCAGCCACAGCGCGUCACCGAUGCUCGUAUUCUCAUAGCGAACACUCCCAUGGAUACCGAUAAAAUUAAGGUCUUUGGCUCAAGGGUCCGAGUAGACUCAAUGGCGAAAAUUGCAGAAUUGGAAUUAGCCGAAAAAGAGAAAAUGAAGGAUAAAGUGGACAAGAUCAUAAAGCAUGGUUGCACGGUCUUCAUCAACAGACAGCUCAUUUAUAAUUAUCCUGAGCAACUAUUCGCCGAUGCUGGCAUCAUGGCAAUCGAGCACGCAGACUUCGAUGGCAUCGAAAGAUUGGCUCUCGUGACUGGUGGGGAAAUAGUGAGCACGUUCGACCACCCCGAGAUGGUGAAACUUGGAAAAUGUGACCUGAUCGAGCAAUUCAUGAUCGGAGAGGACAUCCUGCUGCGCUUCUCAGGUGUUCCUCUAGGAGAAGCUUGCACGAUCGUCAUCCGAGGUGCCACCCAGCAGAUCCUAGACGAAGCCGAGCGAUCUCUUCACGAUGCAUUAUGCGUACUGGCUGCAACCGUUCGAGAGUCACGAAUAGUUUAUGGUGGAGGUUGCAGUGAAGUAGCAAUGGCAUGUGCUGUCAUGAGAGCAGCAGCAGCCACUCCAGGAAAAGAAGCUGUAGCGAUGGAAGCUUUUGCUAAAGCUUUACAACAAUUGCCAACUGUCAUCGCUGACAAUGCAGGGUAUGAUUCAGCUCAGCUGGUCAGUGAGCUUCGAGCUGCCCAUAAUUCCGGAGCGAACACCAUGGGUCUCGACAUGGAGCUGGGAAAAGUGGGAUGCAUGAAGAGGCUUGGCAUAACGGAAUCCUGGGCAGUGAAGAGGCAGGUUCUUCUCAGUGCGGCCGAAGCUGCGGAAAUGAUUCUCCGCGUGGACGACAUCCUUCGUGCAGCUCCGAGAAAACGAGUCGCAGAUCGUGGACGCUGUUAAAAAUGUCACAAUCCAAGCUGGCUGCGUUGGAGCUCGCUGUAAACGUGCGUUUUCAUUAUCGUUCAUUCUCUUCUAUGACAUUAGCGUCACCGUAAAAUCGUUAACCGUUAUUCGUCGUUAACUGCUUAACUGUUCGUGUAUGUACGAUAUUUGGAUAUAAGGAUUAUUAAUAAUCUUUUGAAUUUCUGAUCUACACGAAACGCAUAAAAUUAGGCUGCACGCACUUCACGGUCUUAAUGUUUCCAUCGCUUAGAAAGAGCAAUUAUUAAUACAGCUCUUAUUGGCGAGACCUCUUGGAAGGACAAAACGUUUUCAUAAUUUUAUAUUAAUACGUUUAAUAUUAAUAAAUGCCUUAAUCAGUA